GUGGAUCUGACGGUGUCUCUGCCGGGCAAGGAGAAAUAAUAAUAAAUUAUACCAGCAAGGAAGCAGUUCCGUCUAAUGUGUUUAUUAGAGAACUGUCACAAAAACAGGUUUUAAAAUAUUAGUUAUUUUAAAGUACAAAUAAUUAGGACAUUCUUGUCGGUUUCCGGGAGGCGGAGCCUGUAGUUUGUGGAAGUUUGAAGCUGUGUAGUUGAGAUCUUCGCUUGGUGGUCUCUGCCCUCCUCUCUUCCCGCGGUGUCUCCCUGUCAUGUGUGAUAACGGUGAGCUGGAGGACAAACCGCCCGCCCCCCCGGUCAGAAUGAGCAGUGCCAUCUUCAGCUCUGGAGGAGGCAAGGACCCCCUGUCAGCCAAUCACAGCUCCAAGCCCCUUCCCUCUGUGCCAGAGGAGAGGAAACCCCGCAACAAGAUCAUCUCCAUCUUCUCCGGGACAGAGAAAGGCAGCAAGAAGAAGGAGAAGGAACGUCCAGAGAUCUCCCCUCCCUCGGACUUCGAGCACACCAUCCAUGUGGGCUUCGACGCAGUCACAGGAGAGUUCACUGGCAUGCCGGAGCAGUGGGCCAGGCUGCUGCAGACCUCCAAUAUCACCAAGUCCGAGCAGAAGAAGAACCCCCAGGCGGUGCUCGACGUGCUCAAAUUCUAUGACUCCUCCGAGAACGCCAAGCAGAAAUACCUCAGCUUCUCCGCCUCCGAUAAAGAUGUUUUUUCCUCAGGAACGCAGGCGUCUGCUAAAAAGGGGGUGGAGCAGACAGCCGAUGCGGGUACAGAUGAUGAUGAUGAGGAGGCCCCUCCCCCUAUCGUGGCCCCGCGUCCCGAGCACACCAAAUCAAUGUACACACGCUCCGUCAUCGACCCCAUCCCUGCGCCAGCAGCACACACGGAUGGAGACAAAGCAGCCGAGCGACAGAAGAAGAAAUCCAAGAUGACAGAUGAGGAGAUCAUGGAGAGACUGAGAACCAUAGUCAGUAUUGGAGACCCAAAGAAGAAAUACACGCGAUAUGAGAAGAUUGGGCAGGGGGCUUCGGGAACGGUGUUCACAGCAAUUGAUGUUGCCACGGGGCAAGAGGUUGCUAUCAAACAAAUCAAUCUGCAGAAGCAGCCCAAGAAAGAGCUGAUUAUCAACGAGAUCCUUGUGAUGAAAGAGUUAAGGAACCCCAACAUAGUCAACUUCGUCGACAGUUUCCUGGUAGGGGACGAGCUCUUCGUGGUAAUGGAGUACCUGGCCGGAGGCUCGCUGACCGAUGUAGUGACAGAGACCUGUAUGGACGAGGCUCAGAUCGCAGCCGUGUGCCGGGAGUGUUUACAAGCUCUGGAGUUCCUGCAUGCUAACCAGGUGAUCCAUCGAGACAUCAAGAGUGACAAUGUGCUACUGGGAAUGGACGGCUCUGUCAAACUCACUGAUUUUGGGUUCUGUGCUCAGAUCACCCCUGAGCAGAGCAAACGCAGCACCAUGGUGGGCACCCCCUACUGGAUGGCCCCAGAAGUGGUCACACGGAAAGCGUACGGCCCCAAAGUGGACAUCUGGUCUCUGGGGAUCAUGGCCAUCGAGAUGGUGGAGGGGGAGCCCCCCUACCUCAAUGAGAACCCCCUGAGGGCCCUGUAUCUCAUUGCCACAAAUGGCACCCCUGAGCUGCAGAACCCGGAGAAGCUCUCCCCGAUGUUCAGAGACUUCCUGAACCGCUCUCUGGAGAUGGACGUGGAGAAGAGAGGCAGCGGCAAGGAGUUGCUACAGCACCCCUUCCUGAAGCUGGCUAAGCCUCUGUCCAGCCUGACGCCUCUCAUUCUGGCAGCGAAGGAAGCCAUGAAGAGCAGCCGCUAGCCAAGCCUCCCUGUGCCACCAGCAUCGGACUAGUCGCCACCACAUGAGAACUGGAGCACCGCCACGCCUUUCAAACUGCAUCUCUCUCUACUCUCCCCCUUGACUUUCAAACUGCAUCUCUCCCCACGCUCUCUACUCUCUUGCUUUUCAAACUGCAUCUCUCCCCCAUGCUCUGUACUCUCCCCCUCACCUUUCAAACUGCAUCUCUCCCCCACGCGCUCUACUCUCCCCCCUUGCCUUUCAUAUUUUCUCUCUCCCCCUCGUUCUCUACUCUCCCCCACGCUCUUACCACUCUCUCUCUCUCUCUCUCUCUCUCUCUAUGGAUGUUUUAAUCUUCACACCCUGGUGUAAUGAUCUGUGUGUCUCUCCUCCCCUCUGCUGUGCCUGGGUAUCAACAUUAGGAAUGGGUAAAAAGGCUCUGGUUUUCCCUCCUCCACUUUAACAUCUUGAGCCAGUUGAUUGUGAAUUGAUAGAUACACCAAACAGCACGUAGUGCAUCCAUAUAACUGCACACAUUCACACAUGCCCUUUUCACCACAAAUGUGAUUUAUCGAAUGGAAUCUGAAUAGUUUAAAAAAAUAAAUAAAUUAAAUGUUCGGCGCCCUUUUGGGUCAGAUUGUUCUGUACCGUGGAAAGAGGUUGAACGGCAGCAAUUCAUCCCAAAUGGCGCCCACAAAAACCUUGUGAUGAUGAGAAGUUGGCUGCACUUUGUAAGUUGAGCUCACCCAAUUUGAACAAUGUAGAACGAAGGUUCUGAGGUGUACAAUUUGAAUUGGGCUCAAAGGUAAUGAUGUACACCCUAAAGGGGAGUGGGAUUCCAGACCUCUUUCCUUGUCUCUAAUCUCAGUACUUGAAUUGCAGAGCCCUUAACCUUGAAGGGGGUGCUUUUUAAUUCACGUUCUCUGACCUUUAUUGUUUCUUAAAAUACAAAAAAAAAAAGUUUUUUUUAGUGUAUAGGGUGAGCUGUUAUUUUCUCUAAUUUACUAGGACUCGAGAAGCUUAACCCUUCAGAUUUUAAUUGUUUUGUAUAUUAUGUACUUAAAGUGGAAACUGCAGCCUUAGCUAUCAGGACAUUUUUAAAUUUCAAGUAGCUGUGUGUGUACACUGUUAUUUUUGUUUAUUUUUAAACUAACAAUCUUCUUGACGGUUUAACACUUGAGAUUUUACAGGUUUCCCACUAGUUCAACGAGUCAAACGAUUAUUACUGUAUUUCUAUUUUUUUGGUUCUCAGAGUUUAACUGCCUUGUUUCUGCAAAAAAAAAAAUGAAAAAAAAAAAAAAAAAAACUAAAAGAAAGUUGAAACAUUUCAAUGGAAUGUGGUCUUAUUGAUUUCAGAGUUUGCAAGGCCAGUCCUGCUAUCUGUCCCCUAUAGGUCUUUCACUUUCAACCAAAUACUAAAAGAAACUUAAUAAAAGUGAACAACAAA